AAUCUCAGCUCCUUUGCUUGGUUCUACAAAGAACACAAUUGAGCUCAAGAAACAAGAUGCAUUUGAAGUUCCAAGAUGCAUUGACACCCGUAUGGGUGGAGUUUUUCCUGCCAAAAAGUCUAGGUUUAGGAUGCUUUCUGGAAAAGAAAAUGCUAAGGAAGAUAUUUCAGCUGCACCAGCUGGCUGCUUGAAGAAUAUCUGUGUUUCUUUGAAUUCAGUUGUCAAGAGUCAUCCACAACUUUCAUGUCAGAGAAUACUGUGGCUUCAGCUGCAGUUUCCAAAGAUGGUACAAGGCAAGAUUGUGAAUAUGCUGAAAAGUGCAGUCAAAGCACAUUUCGUAGUGUGGCUGAAUUAUCACUUGGUAGUGAGAGGAUAUCUGAAAUGGCUGUUGUUGAUAUGGAUAAAGCAUUAAAAGGACUGGUUGCCUGUGAACCCCGUGCUUUUUCUGGUUUAGCUGCUGAUUCUUCUGAAAAGUUCGGCAAUUUUACUUCAAUCUCUUCUGGCCAUUUCUGCUCUGAAUUUCAUAUUCCUGGGCAGAAGGCCCCACUGGAUUUUACAUUAAAAACUAAUAUGCAGAUAGUGUCUUCUUCCUCUGUGAACUGGUUUCAUAGAUUGAACAUGUCUGCUACUUACAAUGGUACAACCCUAUCUACACCUCAAUUUGGUUGUUCCAAGGAUCAAAAUAUUAGCUGCUCCUCUGGGAUCACUUCCACUGCCCAAAUAUUCAAUUAUAGAGCUUUGCACUCAUGGGUGCACCCUCAGUCUUCUCUACCACCUUCUGUCAUAUCAGCAUGGACCUUAUCUGCUGCAGAUGGAGUCAAUUUAGUGGAAACGGAUUUCUUAAUCAAACGACAACUAGUAUGGGAAGACUCAUUUCGAAGUCUCUAUUACAUGCUUAGAAAGAAUAUCUGUAAUAUCUUCUAUGGUAAUUACCUUCUUCCAUGCUUCAUAGUAGUUUUCAAUUUUACGUAAGUUCUUGUAAGAUUUCAUAUCUUGUUCAUAUGGAGCAACCUGCAGAUUAAUAGA